UGUCAUUACAUCACAAACUUGAAUCAUGGUGAUACUUCCCUGUGAUGUCACACUGACAUGCCCAUGCCCGGUUUCGACCGUUUGGGGUAUCUAAUGACUUUUGCAGUCAUAUCCAAAAUUGCAUCUGAUGCUUUGAUUGUGUGGAAAUGUAGCUGUUUCUUCAAAUAUGCCAAUUUGUGUGAGUAGUAGGACAAGGGGGGUGCCACCCCACAUUCCAUUGUUGCCAGAUGUAUCCAAGAUGGCGACGAUGACGUCAUCCAAGAUGGCGGCGUGUAGAAGUGGAAGCAGCAUAUGACGUCAUCCAAGAUGGCAAAUUUUGGCGGGAAGUUUGAAUUUGGGUGGCAAGAUAGGUCAAUUGGGCUACUUCCACUAACCUAACCCUCCUGAAAAAUUGGCAUCAAAUUCAAAUUCCAGCAGGAUAAUGCAUCACACCACGAAAAUAGUGGGAAAAAUAGACCAAUUGGGCUAGAUCCACUAACCUAACCCCCCACCCCCUAGAAAAUGGUGGCAAGUUCAAACUCCAACAGGAUAAUGCAGCACACCGCUCUUAUCUCUACUAAGCAAAGAAAAUCGCAGGAAAAUAACUCACUUGACCUGCCUCCACUAACCUACGUCACCCGACCGCCACCUCUUCUGAAGAACUGGCACCAACUUUUAAUUUUUGUGGUAAACGAAAUUCAAUUCCCAUAUGUCUACUAAGCUAACAAAAUGGUGCGAAAGAGAAGACACUUUACUAAUCUCAGUCACCAGACUGUCACCACCUAAGGACUCCUGGGAAAAGGAGUUUAUUUAAACAAUUCCAUACAUGUGUGUUCAUCACAAGGUCAGGACUCCAACUGAUUUAGUACACAUUGCCACCACCAGAGGGUGCUCUCAUCUGUGACAUAAUGCAAGAUGGCUACACCCAGUGUAUUCACCACAAGGUUUGCACUCCAAAUGACUUAGUAAAUAUCGUCACCACCAGAGAGCGCCACUGUGACACCAUCCAAGAUGGCGACCAUAACAUCAAUCAAGAUGGCUGCCCACCAGUGUAUCCACCAUGUGGUGUAAGAUUCUACACUUGGCUUACCUCCACUAGAAAGUUGCACCAAAUUGAAAUUCCUACACAUAAUGUCUCGAAAACUAUACUUCUAGUUAUUAUUAUUAUUAUUAUUAUUUAUUCAAGAUGUCCGAUUUUGGAGGGAAGAAAGCCAUUUGUGUUACAUCCAUAACAAAAAUCUGUCACAAGUUCAAAUUCCAACACCAUAAUCGAUCACACGUACGAAAUAGUCCACAUCCUAUGAGCUUUGACUGUCACUUAUCUUUUUUCACUGCUAACCUAUGAAAAUCAUCUCAAAUAAUAAACUGCACUUGUACUAAUGUUAUUCACAUCCUGUGAUUUUGCAGGGAAAAAGCACUGAAGUGUUUAUUUCAAGCAAUACCGUCAUCACUUGUUCUCCAACAGACUCAGUUCAUACCUUUGAGAUAACACCAGCGUCCACGAGGUCUAGGCCCCAACUGAAUUAGUUCAAAUCGUCGCCGCCACUGGCACUGCGAGCGGGUGGGUGCAUCAACCCAUUUCACAACCAUCGACAGCAGUCCACGCACUCCAGCAGCCACUCGGACAGCACAGGUCCAGUGGCGUAAACAUGUUUUGCUCAUUCAAACCUGCAAAUUCUGACGUCGCAAUGGUAGGUUGUUCGUUCACCACGUGUAUUCGUCCCUGCCAUACGUUUAUCGCCAAAAUUUUUCGCCCAAGAGUGGAAUAUUCCCCAACGUCACACAUUGGUCGCUCCGUUGGUCCAGCACGUGAUGGACAAAGAACGCCCUGCCACACUUAUGGCGCCAAAAUUGUUUUCCUGGACAGAUUCGAGCCUGCUGAUGCUGACGUUACACAACGGUUGAUCAGUUGGCGAUCCACCACGUGCCUUUGUGGGACCAAGAAUGCACUACCACACUUUUUGCACCAAAGUUGUUUGCUUGAGACUGGAAACUUCCAUGACCUCACAACAACACGUGUGUACGCCACAAGGCCCCUCGCUAAGUUAAUUGAUAACACAACUCUCAUUAUUGAAUCCACAUGACCCCACCACCUAAUCCAAAAUUGUCCCUAAAAACACACACCGGUAUAUGUAGGCCAUACCUCCCCAAUUUAAUCUAACACGAAGUUCUCAAUUUAAAACCCUAUUUACAAAAAAAGGCCUCAUUCAAUAUAGCACCCUCCUACCUGCAAGUGAAUCUAACGUGUAGUUCACGACUCAAAUUCCUAUCUACAGAAAAUAAGAACUCACCCAAAUUCUAUAUUGUUGAAAAAUACUUACCCUUCUCUUUAUUCAUACAAAUUUCUCUCUUUACCAAGAAAAAUUUCCUUCAGCCCUUACAAACGCAUUCUUAAUACCACCAACCUCCAAUUAAACCUAUAUAUCAUACUUCUAAUAAUAAAUCAUUCAUCUUAACAAAAUACCUCCUAAUAUAUGCACACAAACAUUAUCAUCUCGAAUCCUGAAUUCACUAUCAUCCAGUCUCUAUUCUAAAUAAUAUCAAUUAUCAUGUGAUACUACAUCAUCACACUUAUAUAAGGAGUCAGCCCCUGGUCAUUUUUCUCACUCAUCCGUUGUCCACAGCAUCGUUCAUUUGUUGUUGCUUUUUCGUUGUUCUCUGCAAAGAUGAAGAGAGUUAACACCAGUGGUAGUAGCAGCAGGCCCCCAACACCCAAGAGGCGUAGAGACCAGGAUAUACCAUUAACCAUGGACCUCGCAGACUUGAUCCUAGAUUGUGAGGAGCAGACUGGGGUCCAACAGGCUCUUGUGCUCGAGACACAGCCAGAAUUGCCUUAUCACUUAAGGCAAUUCCAGCUCGAGUUGGAAGCAGAGCGGGGGGCUACCAUAUGUAGUUCCCUUCAUAAUUGGAUUCAGCCUCCAGCUCCAUAUGGCCCAGAACACCGCCACUCACGAAACGCUGUUGAGGACCUCAUGGCUGUUGAUAGACAGAUCGAGACCAUUCAACAGCAGAUACAUCACCAGCCUACUUGUGAUUAUAAGCACUUAUUGGACGAUACAUUGGACGAUUUUUUGAGGGUGCCAUAGACUGCCUGGAUGAAUUGUUCAUGGCAUGGUGUCAGAGACAAAAAUGUGAUUAUUCACUCUCCUUAUAAACAUGUCUGUGACAGUUAGAAUUCACUGGGGUAGACAGUGUACUUAUUCACUUAAUCUCUACAGCAUGCUGUAGCACGCAUGCCCAUGGCAGCAGCUAAACCGUCUGGUCAACAGCACCCACAGAUACAUGCCUCCCCAGUGAAGAUGCAGCUGGUCACCACGCGGGGAGCUGCCGCUGCCAAGGUCACACAGCCUGGCUGUUUGCAUUCAGGCUUUCGGUGACUGCCACGUGCGCCAGCCGUCGAGUGGGAAGCUGGCACCAACGCCUCCGCCAAGGUCACUGAGCCAGGCCGCAGAUGCUCGCACUGGGGCACGCCUGCUGGUCCCUCACAGCAGCCACCGUGUGCGUCAUCUCAACCGUGCGACGUACAGCAUGUACCAACUAGUUACACUGGCUCUAAUUAUAGCAGUAGUAUUAAUGAUAAUCCUGUGGCUAGUGGCAGUUCUCUUGCACGUCCUUUUAGUCAAGUGCAUCAUGUUGGUGACACCAUACCGCAGUGCAGUACCCCCCCCCCCCCCCCCCAAAGUCUGGUGAGGGAGAGACUAGUACCAUUAUCUUUGGGGAGAUAAUGAUGUGAUAACGCGGAGCACAUCAAUCGCCAAGUGGUUUUGUAAAUCUACCUUGAGUGUUAUAUUGGGUUGGUUUUCCGAGAUGGAAGUCAACAGCUCGGCGAAAGCACUCAGCAGAAUUCUACACCUGGACAUCCAUAUAGUGUAUAUAUCUACAAUAUGGUAAAUGGAGGGUCUAGCUAUAUCAAGCUCCCUAAAGAUAUAGCUAAUAAGCAGGCAUGCAUUAAUGUCGAAAAUAGAAAAGAUCAGGCUUGUUUUGCAUGGUAAAUCCUGGCUUGCAAAAGAAAGUGUAACUACAGAGCUCAUCCUGAGCGUCCCAGUACACACAGUAUAGGUGAUAAUAUUCAAUCCUGUUAUAACUUUGAUGGUAUAGAGUUUACCGUUAAGAUCCAGGACGUACCUAAUUUUGAGGUGCAGAAUACCCAUAUAUCAGUUCAUGUUUAUGGCGUGGAGAAGAAGAAAAGCAAGUCAGAUGAGCAAGACAAGCAUACAGUAGGUGGCCUCCUCCAUUUCUCAAAAUUUGGUGGUGAGCGUGAGCUGCAUGUAAACAUGCUGCUCUUCUCUGAAGGUGAUAAUUAUCAUUAUGUUUGGAUCACAGACAUGUCCCGACUCCUUAUCCCCAGUUAAGUGACAAACGUUGUAAAAAGCAUAUGUGUUUAAGGGGCCUCAGUUAUUUCUCCUCUGAAGAAGUAUUAGCUACGCAUCCAGUAGACUGUACCUCCAAGGAUGCGGUAUAUGUUAUCAUGCCCACCGAGGAAAACAAAUUCAUAAAGUUUAAAAAUGCUCCGUUUGUAGUGUAUGCCGACUUUGAGUGCCUCCUCGCUCCUGUGACCCACUGCGAAGGCAACCUUACAAUCUCACACACCACCUUUACAGAGAAACACCAACCAUAUGCAGCAGCGUACCAAAUUGUAUCGUCAUCUGACUCCAACCUUAACCAAUACAAAUCUUACGUCGGGGAUAAUCCUGUGGUUUGGUUGCUCUCUGAGCUUGAAAAAUUUUCACGGGAGGUUGAUCAGCUUUACAGCGGCAACGUCCCCAUGACCAAAUUGAAGGAGAAUGAAGAUUUGUAUAAGAAUGCCACUGAUUGUCAUAUUUGUGGGCUGCCUUUAGACAGAAAAGUGGAAACACCUCAUAGGGACCCCUGUCAUCUUACGGGGAAAUUACGUGGCGCAGCUCACAAUGCAUGCAAUUUGAAGUACCAGUUAACUUAGACACAUAUCCGUUUUCGUCCGCAAUUUAAGUGGGUUGGCGCUCACUUUCUACUUGAGCACUUGGCUGAUUUCGUUUGGGAGAGAAAACAGGUCGGUGUUCUACCUGGAGCAUCUAGAAGUAUAUUUCAUUCUCCUAACGAAUGACACCAAGAAUUACGCUCCACUUCCUUGAUACGCUACGUUCUAUGCAGGCACCACUACAGAAACUUGAGACUCUACCUCUGGGGGUAUGUAUAUCAUUUGAGCUGCAUUUCGGAUGAGGAAAAGUUUCAACUUGCGACUAGGAAGAGGGGUUUUCCCAUUUGAGUAUGUGGAUAGUAUGGCCAAACUCAACGAAACCAAGUUACUUUACAUAACUGCAUUCUCCAUCAACCUCACAGGCGAGGCCAUAACGAAUGCAGAGUAUGAGUAUGCCGUGAAUGUCUGGAGGGAAUUCAAUAUUUCUAAUUUAGGAAAGUAUGCACGGCUUUACAUGGAUACAGACGUGCGCUUGCUUGCAGACGUUUUCAAGUUCUGGAGUCUAUGUAUGACCACAUAUUCUCUGGACCCAGCCUUUUAUUACAUGGGAUCUGGGUUGUCUUGGGACGCAAUGUUCAAGAAAAGGAAAUGCAGGGUCGAAUUACUGACUGAUUUGGACAUGCUUCAUUUCAUUGAGAGAUGGAUCUGUUGGGGACUUUGCCAAUGUGUCCAUAGGCAUGCAAAAGCAUAUAACCCAUAGAUGGGUGACAGGUUCAACCCAUCCCUUGAUUCAAGUUAUAUAAUGUACCUCGACGUGAAUAACUUAUAUGAGCACGCCAAGGGGUAAUCACUGCCGAUUUCCGAGUUUCGAUGGCUGUCUGAAGAUGAAUGCAAGGGAUUAGGUGGAAAAAUCAUGGGGGGUAUGUAUGAUACGCAUACCGAUUUGCCGAUGUGUCAACAGCAACUAGUGCCAUGAGGAGGUUCCACACUGAAACAGAUGACAAUGCUGGGGGAUAAGACGAGGUAUCUAAUUCACUAUCUUAACCUCCAGCAGUGCCUCAGUUUGGGGAUGAGGCUGGUUAAAAUCACCUGGGCCAUCUCCUUCAAGCAGUCCCCCUGGUUGAAGGAGUAUAUUGAUUUGAAUACGAAACAGAGAGCUUCCGCGACGUGUGACUUUGAGAAAGAUUUUUAUAAAUUAAUGAAUAAUUCAAUUAUAGGUAUAGCUAUGGAGAAUUUGAGGGACGACGUGAAAUUUUUAUUAGAACCGAAUGGGAUGGGCGUUAUGGUUUAAGAAAAUGCAUUGCCAGACCAAAUUUUAAGCGUAUCAUCAUAUUCAAUAAGAACUUUGUUGCUGUGGAGAUGGCGAAGACUGCAUUAGAGUUUACUAAAACUAUCUAUGUGGGGAUGUGCAUACUAGAUCUGUCCAAACUCCACAUGUACUGCUUUCAUUAUGAGUUGGAGAAAAGUCAUUUUGCAGAUCCUAAAUUACUUCAUAUGGAUACAGAUAGCUUCAUCUAUUGGGUGAAGAACUGCGCUCCAUAUGAGGUAAUUAGGUACCAUGGUAAUGAAUUCGACACGUCUUCUUAUGAGGCUGAUAAUCUUUAUGGAAGUGUUCAGCAGAACAAGAAAGUUACCAGUCUCAUGAAGGACGAGUUGAAUGGAUUGCCGACUGUGGAGUUUGUAGGUCUUCGGUGAAAAAUUUAUGCAUAUCGCACAUUGGAAGGUGCAACCGUGAGGCAGGCUAAGUGUGUGCGUCGCAUGGCAUCUAUCUAUCGAAGACUAUUUGCAAUGCCUACGUGGAGGUGUUCACAGUGCUGCAUUGCAGCCACUGCAUAUGGCAUGGCAAACCAGUAUUCGACCAAUAGGGCACGAGGUGUAUACUGUGCUACAGUUUAAAAUCGGUCCGUCGCCUCUUGAUGAUAAAAGGGUCAUUUGUGAUGAUGGGAUUGAAACUCAUCCGUACUCACACUUCUCACUUGUAGCGAGAGAAGUGGUGGGGGACUCUGAUUGAGAGAGAGAGAGAGAGAGAGAGAGAGAGAGAGAGAGAGAGAGGAGGGAGGGAGAGAGAGAGGGAGAGAGAGAGAGAGAGAGAGACAGAGAGAGCGUCUGCAGAGUAGUAGUAUGACCCUUUUAUCAUAAAGUAAAUAUUGGAUGAGACUGUUUUGCACUGUGUAUCAGUUUGCGUGAUUCCGUGUAUGCCUGAGUGUACGAAUGUGCGUGAGCCUGUGUCAAGUGUGUGUGUGUGUUUAAAUAUAUAUUAAGUAUUCUCUGAAAGAAAAUUAAAAAAAUUAAAAAGAAUUCAAAUAAAUUAUUUAAAAAAGUAUAUAUAUAUA